AUGGCCUCCGAAGAACCAAAGAAGCGCGGCUGGCGCCGACGAAGGCCGUCGACAGAGAGCAAUGCCAAGUCCAUUGCAGAGAGCGAUAUUUCAGAUCCCGAUGCGAUUGAGGAGACGCCCACGAAGCCGCCGCCAUGGCGAGUCCUCUUCGCAUUCACCAUUCCGCGCAUGGUGCCGUUGCUGGUCGCAGGAAUCAUCGUUUCCAUCGCAGCAGGUGCUACAGCUCCAGCACAGAACCUGUUCGUUGGUGAUCUAUUCGAAGGUUUCACUGGCUUUUCGGGCGGCACCCUGAGCAAGGAAGAGUUCCUCAAAAAAGAAACGAAAUACAUCCUGUAUGUGGUCGCAAUCGCUGCCGCCAGCUGGGUGCUGCACUCGCUCGAGUUCAUGAUCUGGCUCGCGUUUGGGGAAUUACAAGCCGCGAGCGCUCGUGAUCGCUUGUUCCAUGGCUUGAUGGCGAAAGAGACCGAGUGGUACGACUUGCGCAAGAAUGGAAUCGGCGCACAACUGCCCAGAAUGCAGGCUCAGAUCCGUGAACUCCAGCUUGCCACGGCUCAGCCACUUGGGUCCCUCUUUGCGCUGGCUUCGACUGCGAUCUUGUCACUGUUACAGGCCCUCAUCACUUCGCCCAAGCUGACACUGGUCACUCUUGCGUCGUCGCCCGUGAUCCUCGGUCUUGCAGUCUGGGCGGGUCGUCCUAUGUACAAAAACAUUGAUAAGAUGAUGCACAAGUUGACGGAAGCGCAAAAGUACACCACCAGCGCGUUCAGUGCCAUUGAGACCGUGAAGUGUUUCAAUGGUCAAGAGAUCGAAGCCGAGAAGUACAGCAGGACCAUCGAGCAAGCAGGGAUAUUCUACGCCUGGGUCGCACAUGGCAGUGCGCUCCAAAUGGCCCUCAUCGUCAUGUUGUCUGUCUCGAUGUUCGUUCAAGGAUUCUACUACGGAGGCAUACUCAUCGCCAAGGGGGAGAUUACUUCCGGCGAUGUAGUCACAACAUUCUUUUCUGCCAUUGGCGCUUUCCAGGCCAUACAAGCGAUUCUACCACAGAUGAUCGUGCUGGAGAAAGGCCGUUCUGCUGGCGCUACUCUGCGUGCCAUCAUGGCGCAGGUUGAGAGCAAGACCAAGGAUGGAGCGCCUCAAGAUCAAAUCGCACCGGAAACGUGUCUGGGCAAUAUCAAGGUGAAGAAUCUGACCUUUGCAUACCCUUCACGACCAGAUGUGCCGGCUGUACAGGAUAUCACGAUGCAUAUCAAAGGGGGCGACAUGUCAUUUCUGAUUGGAAAGAGUGGGUCUGGUAAGAGUACAAUCAGUCAGCUGCUCAUGCGAUUUUACAACUCCCCCGCCGGUACAAUCACCGUCGAUAGUGUGCCCCUGGAACAGCUCGAUACCACCUGGCUUCGAUCGAACGUCACGUUGGUGGAGCAGACCAGUCUGUUGUUCAGCGACACCAUCUUCAACAACAUUGCUUUUGGUCGCAAGGACUAUCAGAAUGUAACAAAGGAAGAAGUGAUGGGCGCUGUACAGUUCGCGCUGCUGCAGCUUAUGAUUUCAGAUAUGCCGGAUGGACUGGACACUAAGGUUGGUUUCAGAGGAGGUGCGAUGUCUGGAGGUCAGCGACAACGAAUGGCGUUGGCACGAGCAAGACUGAGAGAUACCCCCAUAUUGAUAUUGGAUGAGUCGACCAGUGCGCUUGACCACAUCAGCAGAACUCUGGUCAUGGAUGCUCUUCGCGCAUGGCGAAAAGGCAAGACGACAAUAAUCAUCACGCACGAUAUCACCCAAAUCAUGCCUGACGACUACAUCUACUUGCUUGGAAACGGUCGACUCGUGCAGGAGGGUUAUCGCAAGCAAUUGGAGAAGCAGAAAAACACACCCUUCCAGGCUUUCCUUUCCGACGAUCAAAAGGCUUCUAUACAUCCACUCGAGAUACGAGAUCUUGACCUGGGCAACAGAGAUUCAUGGGGAAGGUAUGCUGCCGACAUGCGACGUGCACGGCCUGGAGUCACUCGGACACGUCGGCCACUUGAAGACAUUGAAGAGAUUCCUCUCACUGGGCCAAACGAGGCUCUUGCUACGCUGGAGGGAGAGACCUCGACACAACGCACUGCAGACAAUAAGACUCUCAAGGUCAUUUUCAGCACUAUCUGGCCCAAUCUGGAUGCACAAGGCAAGACUUACCUCCUGUGCGGAGCCUGGGGCGCCACGGUGCAUGCUGUUGCUAGUCCUGUCUUUUCUUACAUCCUAUCGAAACUGCUUGCGACCUAUGCCGUGGCUGGUGGCCAGAAGACAAAAGCACUGAUCUACGCCAUGGUCAUUCUCGGUGUAGCAUUCCUCGACGCGACCCACACGUACCUGAUGAGGUUCAUGCUGGAGGUCGCAGGAGAGAGAUGGGUCGACUCAGUCCGUACUCGCGCUUAUGAAAGAAUCCUGGACCAGGACAGAGAAUUCUUUUCCAAAGAAGAAAAUGGCAUGGCCAUCCUCACGGAAAGUCUGGACCGUAAUGCUGAAGAGAUGCGCAAUCUGCUGGGACGAUUCUUAUCCCUGGGCUAUGUGGCUCUGCUGAUGAGCAUCGUGGCCUUGAUCUGGGCUUUGGCGACGCAGUGGAAAGUGACCCUCAUCGCAUUUGCCAUAGCACCGUACGUCUUUGGUGUCACCAAGGUCUAUGCGAUGGUCGCGGAGAAAUGGGAAGGCCGCAGUAAUGAUGCUUCAGACCGAGCAUCGGCCAUCUUCACAGAGACCUUUAUCAACAUCAAGACGGUACGAGCCCUCACUCUGGAAACUCAUUUUUUGGACAAGUAUACCAUCGCCACAAACGAGACCCUGGUUGUGGGCUUCAAGCGGUCCUUCUUCGCAGGCUUCUUCUACGGUCUCUCCGAUUCUGCCGGCAAUUUCGCAAUCGCCUUGAUCUUCUUCGCAGGAACGAAAAUCGCCGUCUCAGGAGCGCCAGUCACAGAUAUCAUCACCGUCUUCACAAUGUUAAUCUUCACCAUCACAAAUGUCAGCGCCGUCUUGGAAUUCAUCCCCCAAAUUGGUUCUUCCAAAGACACCGCAGCUCGACUCCUCCGUCUCGCCCAACUCCCCAAAAACUCCCACGAGCACCUCGGAGACACGCGAAUCACAACCGUAGGAGACAUUGUCUUCGACCGCCUUCGAUUCUGCUACCCAUCGCGCCCAGACCAAACCAUCCUCAAAAACAUCUCUCUCCGCCUCAAACCCGGCACAGCAACCGCAAUCGUCGGCUCCUCAGGCUCCGGAAAAUCCACCAUCGCCAACCUCCUUCUCGAUUUAUACUCCACAGCCAGCGUCCCCAACUCCCACAUCGGCGACCUCACCUUCGGCGGCCGCGACAUGAAACACAUUUCCACCCCUUCCCUCCGCACAUUAAUCGUCCCCGUCCAACAAACUCCCACCGUCUUCGCCGCCACCGUCGCCCAAAAUAUCGCCUACGCCCUCCCUUCCACCCACCCUUUCGCUUCCCCCGAAUCCAUCUCUGCAGCCGCUCACGCCGCUGGCGUUGACGAUUUUAUUCUUUCUCUCCCACAAGGCUACUCUACAUUUAUCGGCGAAGGCGGUCUCGGUCUCUCAGGCGGCCAAGCCCAACGUAUCGCCAUCGCUCGCGCUCUAGUUCGUAAACCCAGUGUUUUAAUUCUCGACGAAGCGACUUCUGCAUUAGAUGUCGAAACUGCGAAUUUGAUUCGUCAGACGAUUGCGACUUUAAUUUCCAGCUCGAAAGAACAUACAGGAGGGGAACAAGCAACAGCAAUGACAGUGAUAAUUAUUACACAUCAUCAAUCAAUGAUGGAAAUUGCAGAGAGAGUGGUCGUGUUGGAUGAUGGGAGAAUUGUGGAAGAGGGGAGUUUUGAAGGGUUGAUGAAGAAGAAAGGUGGAGGGGCUUUGGCGAAUUUGUUGAGUGGAGGGGAGUGGAUGGGAGAAGAAGGAGAACAACAACAACAACAGGAUGCGGAGGCGGUCCUCGUCUCUCUGGUAUCUUUGCACCUUUCCCAAUUGUUUGAAAGCUUUGCUGAAUCGACUUUUACAAAAACGCUCUCCGUCUUUCCCGCGCAAGACGAGAUAUUGGCUUAUAUCAGGCCCAGAGCAUCGGCUACCCUCCUCGCGUCUUCCUUGAUCCUGGGAUGA